AUGCGGCGUCGAUAUAUGGAUGCUAUCGCCUUAGUACAACACUUUGGAAAACCUGAUCUUUUUGUGACUAUGAUGUGCAAUCCAUCUUGGCCAGAAAUUAAACAACAUAUGUUAUUGAUUGAUGAAACUCAAAAUAGACCUGAUUUAGUGUCACGUGUAUUCAGAGCGAAACUAGAAGAAUUAAAAGUACAUAUUUUAAAGAGACACAUAUUUGGAAAAGUUGCUGCUUUUAUGUAUACUAUAGAAUUUCAAAAACGGGGUCUUCCACAUGCUCAUUUUCUUAUAAUUCUUACUAAUGAAUAUAAAUUGUUAACACCUGAAUCAUAUGAUAAAUUUGUUUGUGCUGAAUUACCUGAUUCUAAUGAACAAUAUCUUUAUUCACGUGUCCUUCAACAUAUGAUGCAUGGUCCUUGUGGUGAUAUAAAUCCUACAAAUUCAUGUAUGGGAAAAAAGGGCUUCUGUAAAUUUCAAUAUCCAAAAGACUUUGUUGAACAUACAUCAAAGGGAAAAAAUUCAUAUCCACUUUAUAAGAGACGUAAUACUGGAACAACUGUAUACAUAAGAAAACAUCAUAUGGACAACUCGUGGGUUGUCCCAUACAACCCAUACUUGCUUUGUAAAUUUGAUUGUCAUUUAAAUGUUGAAGUUUGUUCAGAUAUUAAAGUUGUGAAAUAUAUUUACAAAUAUAUUUGCAAAGGACAUGAUAAAAUUGCAUAUUCUCUACAUGACAAUGCAGAAAUAGACGAAAUAAAAGAAUAUCGAUCUGCAAGAUGGGUUUCGCCACCCGAAGCAGCCUGGCGUUUAUUUGCUUUUCCUAUUAGUGAAAUGACUCCAGCUGUGUAUCAUCUUCAAUUACAUUUAGAAGGACAACAAUUUGUUUCUUUUAAAAGAACCGAAAGCGUGAAUAAAAUCUUAAAUAAUCCAAUGAUAAAAAAAACUAUGUUAACUGAAUUUUUCUCUAUGAAUAGAACAAAUGACCAUGCUGUAAAUAUGAAAUUAUUAUACAAGGAAUUCCCGCAACACUUUGUAUGGUCUUCAAGAGAUAAAAUGUGGACACGUCGAAAAAAACGUGAUGUAAUUGGACGUGUUGUGACAUGCCACGUAACUGAAGGGGAAAGUUAUUACCUCAGGCUAUUGUUAAUGAAUGUAAGGGGACCAAAAUCAUAUAAAGAUCUUCUCACUGUUGAUGGAGUAACUUGUAGCACAUUUCGUGAAUCUGCAGAAAAAAGAGGAUUGUUAUAUUGCAACAAUAGUUUAAUUGAAUGUAUGUUAGAGGCUGUCAGUUAUCAAAUGCCAUACAGUUUAAGACGUUUGUUUGCUACAUUAUUAGUAUAUUGCAAUCCUUCUAACCCAAAAGAAUUAUGGGAAAUGUUUGAGGAUUCACUUUCAGAGGACCUCUAAAGUUUCUCCAAUACUGAACCAAAAAAUAGUUCGAUAUAAGGUUUUAAACCAUAUCAAUGAUGUCUUACAUUCUAUGGGGCAUGACAUAAAUGAGUAUAACCUUGUCUUACAGAUUAUUAGACCUUCUGAAACUACAAAGGACACAAAAGAUAUCCAUUUUGAGAGAAACAUAAUUGUUAGUGAAGAGGACUUGUUGUUACCAAAAAAAUUAAAUGCUGAACAACUUAUAUCGUACAACACAAUUAUUGAUAGAAUAUCUUCUAAGAAGGCAGGAGCUUUUUUCGUUGAUGGUCCCGGAGGAAUAGGUAAAACUUACU